AUGAACGGAGUGGAAAUACAAAAAUUAAAAUCUCCUGGAAUAUCUUCGAGUCUUAAAGGUUUUUGCUCGCACACUCCGAGUGAAUUGAACAAUCUACAAAAUGCUGCUUGGGACGUAGAUAUGGAUGCCAGUGAAAAUAAACAUUUCAUGUUAAAUAACAAAUUCGCUGGUUGUAUCUCGCUCAAACACUUGUUUGGAUUUUGUGAAGAUUAUAAAAAAAUACUACUCAACUGUAAUCAACAAAUAAUUUUAAACAGAUCGUCUACAGAUUUUGAUGAGUUGUAUGUUUUGACGACAACUCCUAAUGAAAAACUUAAAAAAGUAGCCAUUGAAUUAAAUAAAAUUAUCUGGAAGAUGCCCAUCAUCAGAGUUAGUGAUAAAGAAAAAAUAAAACUGUUAAAAGUAUUAGACUCUCGUAAACCAGUUGCGUGUGCGUUCAGAAAUUGGGACUUGUGCGAGUAUCCAGUUCUCCCUCAGAACACUUCUCAUUCGUGGACGGUAAAAUCAAGCAGUUUGUUGGAGAAACCUAGAUUUGCAUUAAUCGGACUUCAAACCGAUCGAAAAAUUAUUUAUUUAAUCCAUCAGGACGAUUCGAUCACUGCUAUUUGA